AUGGCGGGUGUCAAACGCAAGAUGGAUGCCACCAGAGCUCCUGCCACUGGCCAAUCAAUCUUGCCCCCCGGAGUUUACCCAUCUCACACGCCUGUAGACUCCACUGGCGAUACUCCUCAAUUUCGCGUGACUCGAAGUCAUCGCGCCAGCCAGGAUGCACGUGCUCAUCCGACAGAUGCUACCAAUUCCAACAGCAAACACAGUGGUCCCCAGCGGCCCUCACGCAUCGUCACGCUGAGUACUCGUGCGGUUCGGGGCUACAACCCGGCCAACAACUCCGCCAACAACCUAGCGAACGCCGCCGCCAACCAUGCACGCGAGACUCGAUCUUCUCGUACUCGGUCCUCCAUCUCCAGUGCGUCGGCCAAGCCCCCCCAGUCCGAGGACCUCGCAUCCGCCGCUGUCCCCGAAACUCCGCGAGCGAAACGCGUGAAGCGCGGCCCGGCGGUCGAGGACACCCCAAGGUCCACCCGUCAGUCGGCCCGCUUGAAGUCUCACUCUCAUCCGUCAUCGAACGAGUUUCCUCCCGCAGAGCCUCUCGCGGCGUCCAAGCCCGUCGACGUGAGCCCAUCUGCCACGUUCACUCCGAGCGGAAGAACGCGUAACCGGAGCAGGCUCUCGGUGAACGGGGCCAAUGACUCCACCGCAGCGGCUCCCCUUCCGCCAGCCUUCUCGGCGCCCAAAUCACCAUCGCCUCGCAGCACCCUCCCGGAACGCAUUGAGUUCACUCAGCCGUUCGAGGAGAAAAAGACCCCGCGCGGGCUGGGCACGAAAACGCAUCCACUGGACGACGAACCCAAGAGCGCCCUCUCUCCGGAAGAGAUCAAGCCUGGCACCAGCCGGCACGCCACCCCAGAAGAAUCGGAACGACCACAGCCGUCGGAAGCCGCCCUGAGCCCGUCCGCGCGGCCUGCAAAGCGCAAAUCUGGAGAGAUGGAGCCCCGUGACGAACCCAACGGCGCCAGUGGAUCGUUCGGUCUCAGUAAGAAAGCCAAGCUGGAAGACGGCGCAAAGGACAGCGCCAUGGAAGAGACGUUCCGAGCGAGCGACGAGGACAAACCCGCAUCCCCCUCGGCGGCCGGUGCUGACGAAUUCACCGGGGACAACGACUCCCGCCAGGUGACAGAAGACGUGGAAGAGCCAAUGACGGAAAACGCCGCGGAGUCGACCGCCGCCAAGUCGGGCCGUGGGGGUCGAAACCGGGGACGAGGACGUGGCAGCGGCGCCGCACGUGGUCGUGCCGGGAUCGCCAAACGAGGUCGCGGGGGGACGCGCAGUGGCCGUGGGGGGCGCGGUCGUCAACUGGAUCGCUCGAGCGAUGCCGAGCUCGCCCGCACGCCGUCUCCCACCCCCGCCACCCAGCGACUGCGCGACCGGCAACGCGAAUUGGACCGGACGUUCCGCAAGGUGGCGGCGGCUCAGCGGCUGGCCCUGGCGGUUCUUGCGUCGCAGUCACAGAAAAAGCUCGCGCGCGAUAAGAAUGCGCAUAAGGACGUUCCGGAAUUCGACAAGAUCAACUUGCUUCUCAAAGCACGACUUGCGGAGAAGAAGGAGAUCCUGCGUCGGGAAUAUCAAUUGCGCGUCGACCAAGAUAAUCGACUGUUUACCGCCAACAAGGCAAUUCUCGAGGAGAGAUCCAGGUACGCGGCACAGCAAAUCAAAGACGAGCAUCUGCUGGCUUGCCAGGGAGACUACAUGGCCCUUGUGGAAGGCCGUCGUGCCGCCGAAGAUGAUGAGCACACAGAGACCGAGGGUUCUGGAACGGAGCCCGAGCGCGUGCCUGUGAUCCCGCCCUCCAAGGGGGUCGUUCGGGGGUUUCUGUCAUCUUACGUGCGGGAUCCUGCCGGCGCGGCCGCCUACGAACGGGCCGAGUACGGCUGGGAUGAUUUCCUCCAACGGGCCAAAUUGGGUGACGAUAUCGACCCGCAAAUGAAGGAGAUGACCGACACCGGUCCAUUCGCUGGCUGCUCCGCGGGAGACAUCAUCGACCUCUUGGUGCAGGCCACAAACGCCGUGGAGGUUCGCCGUGGGCCUUUUGUCGAGCGGGACAUUCGGCCGCCCCCCGUCCCGGAAGCGUUCCCCGCGGCGUUGUCCGCGCUGGCGGAUGUUGCGUCGGCCGAGAUGCCCCGAUCUUCCCUGUCCCAUCUCACCACCCCACAGCCCGGCGCGCAUCGAACCCUGUUGCCCCAGCCGCCGCCGCCACACCACCCCCAUGUCGCACAUGGGCCCACGGAGCCCCGAUCCUUUGUUCUCCCCCCUCCCACACCGCAGCGCCAACGACGGCUUCUCCCCGCUGCGCAGCAGAUCCCAUCGAUCAACGAACAGCUGGGAUUACCUGGUCUCUUUUCUCCCCGGGGCGGGCCGCCGCAGCUGCCGCCUCCGCCGGGGUCUAAUUUCCACCGGCCUCCGCUGCCUGGUUUUAUGACCGGACAUCCUCCUCCUAAUAUGUAUUAUCCUCCGCACCCUUCGCACCCCCCGCACCCUCCGCCGCCUGGCCCGCCCCGUCCCCCUUAUUAA